UUGAAAAAUGUUAUACAUUGCAGGAAUACGAUAUCAACAUGGUCAUCAGGCACUGGAGGAGCUGGCAUAAUUGGAGCCUUAGUAUAUGCGGUCUUAACAGAGCCACAUUUUGCAAAUUUGUCACCAAAAGUAACACUUCUCGUCAUGCUUGUUGUACCAGUGGUUUUUGCUGCAACAUACUGGUUUUUGCUGGUGGUACCAGAAUCGAUACAUCAAGCAAGACUGCUGCAUCCUAGAACCUGGAUUGUUCCCGAAACGAGCUUGACAGUUUCAGUCAGUAAAAGCGACGACAGCGGUUUCAAAACAUCAAUACAGAACGGCGAGGGAUAUGCACUGACCAAGUCGGGAAUGGUGAGACAGCGUAAAAUGUCAUUCAAAGAAAUGCUGCUGACCACUGCUUCAUUGCUACGAUUUAUGAUACCACUGAUGUUGGUUUACUUUUUCGAAUACCUAAUUAACCAAGGCAUUGUGCAGCUAGUAUUUUAUUCAUGCGACAAUGGAUGGCACCUCACGCGAGCAAGCCAGUACCGAUGGUACCAGCUCGGCGUAUUUAUCUCACGAUCUUCGAUAAACAUUGUGGAAUUACCGUACUGGGCACUCGUUCUCCUGCCGAUCCUACAGUUCGUAAAUGUGGUGAUAUUCUUCUUCGAAUCGCUAUACUUCUACAUACCUCAUAUUUGGAUUCUUUUCGUGGUCAUACUAUUUGAAGGAUUAUUUGGUGGCGCAUCAUAUGUCAAUUCAUUCAGUCAUAUACAUAAUUUUGCUAAGCCGGAUGUUCGCGAAUUUGCGAUGUCCAUCAGUUCGCUGGGCGAUGCAUUUGGGAUUGUUGCUGCCGGAUUUAUGUCCAUUCCGUUACAUAAUUACGUUUGCGGAACCAGUUUACCGAAGCAUCUCACAGAGUGAAA